AUGGAAAUGAAAGGGGAUAUCGCCGGAGCAGUGACACUGACACCGUCUAAGUCAAAACUCUCACGUAAGUCGAAGCGGCCGGAGAAUGUCAACCCUAAUGUAAACAGUCCUAAUCCGAAGGUUUUAAAGUCUCCAGCACUCAAAUCGGCGUCUAAAAGUCAGAAGUCGUCGUUGAAGAAACCGAAUCCAGUUACGUCACCUUCUCCGAUUCCGAGGAACAAGAUUAGGGAGAGGAAAUUUGUAGUGGCAAAGAAGAAUUCGAAGGGAGGGAAACCUAAAACCCCAGCAUCCGUCAAUUGUAAGUGUAAAGCUAGUGUUAACCCUAAAAAGUGUUUGUGUGUUGCUUAUGAGACUCUUAGGGCUUCUCAAGAUGAGUUCUUUAAGAUUGAUGAGGAACAGAAGAAAACCCUGACUGAAAACCCUAAUUUGAUGAGCGAAUUUGAAGGAAAAUUAAGCGAAGGUGAGAUCGUUGAGGCAUAUGAUGAAAAAGUUAGUGCACAUGUCAAGCGAAGGGAUAAAUUGUUAGAAGUAGCAAGACAGAGCAUUCCUAAAUGUGGAAGAGUGAUGCAUCUUGUGAAGGCAUUUGAGAAUGCUCUCACGUUACCCAAAUCGAACACCGAAACCGAGAAUGAAGAACAGAAUAAGGAUCUUGAAGAGGAGACAAGAAAGGUUUUGAAAUGGGAAUUGCCUGGAUUGAGACCCAGGGCUCCUGUGACUGAAUUUUCUUCUCCAGAUCUUUUCCUAACACCCGAGAGCUUGGGAUUGGAUUCACGAAUUUCUUCUUGUUCAUCGGGUAGCAGCCACGGAAGCAUUUCAAACAGAAACUCUGGUGGUGGGAGGCAUAGCAGAAGAAGUAGUUCCGAAUCCACUGCAACUUUUGGCGGUAGCCGAGGGAAGAGAAGGACGCUUAAGGCUACUCCUCAACAACCCUUCAAGCUCAAAACCGAGCAAAGAGGAAGAUCCAAGCAAGAAGAGUUCAUGAGAAAAGUACAAGAGAUGAUGAUUGAGCAGGAAAAGCAGAGGAUUCCUGUUGCCCAGGGUCUCCCAUGGACAACAGAUGAACCACAGUGUUUGGCAAGACCUCCGGUUAAAGAGAGUACUCGGCCGGUUGAUGUGGUGCUACAUAGCAACACGAGAGCCGUGGAGCGUGCUGACUUUGACAAUCAGGUGCAAGAAAAGCUCUCAUUCAUCGAGCAAUUCAAACUGGAAAGAGAAAGACAAGAAAAGUUAGCAGAAGAGGAAGAAUUAAGGAGGUUGAGGAAGGUGCUCGUGCCAAAGGCUCAACCUAUGCCCUAUUUCGACAAGCCUUUCAUCCCAAAAAGGUCAGAAAAGCAACCAACGUUGCCCAAAGAGCCAAAGUUUCACAACCCUCAGCAUAAGAAGAUGUUUGUUGGUCAUUAGAGACUUGUAUACUUUGGGUGUGUAUAUGGUGCAAUUAUUCUGGUUGCAAUUUUGGGUCCAAGAUAUGUCAAUUCUUUAACUUUAAUUUAUGUUUGAUAAAUUCUUGCUAUUGGUUCUAUUUGUUUGACCUUUCAAACGGUGGGAA